UAAAAAUUGCUUUUGUCUAGUUUGUUGGUUUCUGCUAUUUAUGAUCCUUUUAUAUUAGGUUCGCAAGGGUGGCUGGCGCUAUUUGGACACUGGACAAGUUUUGAUUGAGAGUGCAUGCUCUGUUGAUCGUGUGGAGGAAGCUCUGAGUGCAUUGCUUCCUAUGCUGCCUAGUGUACAGUAUUUUCGAUUCAAUCCAGUUGAUGAACGAUGUGAUAUGGAACUGGAUGAAACUGAUCCGGCAGUUUGGCUAAAGCUAGAGGAUGCUGCAGAUGAGUACAUUAAGAACAAUUCUACUUCUUUCAAAACUCUGUGUGAAAGAUUGCUUGAGAGUCCGCACGAUGAUAAAUUUUUGGAUAUGAUGCAGUCUCAGCAGCUCCUCAAGGCAAAGGACAUUAAAGGCUUGUCAAAUGAGAAUAACCUCUCUUUAGGCUGGAGGCGUUGUGUGCUUCUUGUGGAGGCUUCCAACAGUCCAGAUUCUGGAAGAGUUUUCCACCAUGCUCGUGCACUUGAAACAUUUUGUGCUAGUAAUGGGAUAAAAUUAUCUCUUAUUAGUGGGGCAUCUGUUUCCUUUAAGGCAGCUCCAGGAUCUGCAUUUCCCACCCCAUACACAUCACCUCUGUUUACUGGAAGCUUCCCAUCGAGUCCUCUCCUUUACAGCCCUGAUCUUGGCCCUCAGAGGGUUGAUAGAAUUGAUUUAGUCCCACCUUUAAGCUUGGAUGGAUUCCAUGUUGCGAAAACAAUAGCUUCACCCCCUGGGUCACCUCCCAAACGCAGGCAGCUUUCCCUUCCUGUCCUAUCAUUGCAUGAGAAAAUACAGAAUUCUCCACAGCUUGGAGUAAUUCAUUUGGCAUUGCAAAAUGAUACACGUGGCUCCAUAUUAAGGUCUCAUUUGUCCUUGUUUUCCUCUCCAUUUUG